GCAUUCAAAACAAACAAAGAUUAUAAUAAAUACUUGUGUACCAAACGUCAUUUCUUUGUUGGAAAUAGUUCGUAUCAAAUGAAUUUGUGAUAAUAAGUUCUAUUAGCCAUUAUUAUGAUUCUGUGCGAUUUUAAUAUACUGUAACCGCAGUUAGAGAUAAGGUUCUGUUAAUGUUGUGAUUUGUUUUUUGUUUUGAUUUGUCUUCAGUAUACAUAGUGGCAUAGUUACAUCAAAAUAAAUCGACAACUUGCUUUUAUUUAUAAAUUACUUUUGGUCUCGAUUGUAGGCAAAUUUUAAGAUGGUGCGUGAGAGUGUACUUUUUAAAUUAAUAUUUCUUAUACCAUUUGUUUCGGGUGGUGUUUUUCCAAACUUUCCAUCCGGCUUUGAGUUAGAAUUUAUUUCUAACGGAGAUGAUUUGCAAAAUGACCAAAAUGACUGGUGGAAAACAGCAUCAUUUUAUCAAAUCUAUCCAAGGUCAUUCAAGGAUAGUGAUGGUGACGGUAUUGGAGAUUUGACAGGUAUAAGAGAAGCACUACCCUAUUUAAAGGAAAUUGGAAUUACAGCCACAUGGCUUUCGCCUAUAUUUACUUCACCAAUGGCUGAUUUUGGAUAUGAUGUUGCUAAUUUUACGGAAAUUGAUUCAAUUUUUGGUACCAUGAAUGACUUUGAUGCAUUAAUCAGAGAAGCCAAACAAAUUGGGAUUAAAAUCAUUUUGGAUUUUGUACCCAACCAUUCAAGUGACGAAUGUGAGUGGUUUCAGAAAUCAAUCAUUCGUGAUCCUGAAUUUGAAGACUUCUACAUAUGGCAUCCCGGCAAAGUCGUAAAUGGUACUCGUCAACCGCCAACAAACUGGGUCAGUGUUUUUCGUGGUAGUGCAUGGAAAUGGAAUGAGCAACGUCAAGAAUACUAUUUACAUCAGUUCGUUGACAAACAACCCGAUUUGAACUAUCGCAAUCCAAAGGUUAAGAACUAUAUGAAUGAAGUCUUGCGGUUUUGGCUAAAGAAAGGAGUAUCAGGCUUUCGUGUCGAUGCUGUCCCACACGUAUUUGAAAUUGCUGCUGAUGUCAAUGGAAAUUAUCUUGAUGAACCGCGUAAUGAUUGGGUUACUGAUCCAGACGACUAUGGCUAUGUAGACCAUAUAUAUACAACAAAUCAACCAGAGACAGUUCAGUUGGUCUACGAAUGGCGCAAAGUUCUUGAUGAUUUCAGAGCUGAAAAUGGAGGCGAGGAGAGAAUUCUAAUGAUUGAAAGCUGGUCUUCAGUGGAUAUAGUAAUGGAAUACUAUGGAAAUGGUACAACAGAGGGCGCUCAAAUACCGUUCAACUUUCUGAUAAUUAGUUCUUUAACAAAUGAAUCCAAUGCUUAUGAUUACGCUGAAGUUAUCAAUACAUGGACUAACAAAAUGCCAAAAGGACGAACAGCAAACUGGGUUCUUGGCAAUCACGACAAGAAUCGUGUUGGAUCACGCAUGGGGAUCGAUCGAAUUGAUAUGUUAAAUAUGCUUAUAAAAGUUUUACCCGGAUGCAGUGUAACUUAUCAAGGUGAAGAAAUCGGCAUGACUGAUGUGUGGAUCUCUUGGAAUGACACCGUGGAUCCUCAAGCCUGCAACUCAAAUCCUUCGGUUUAUGAAAAAAUGUCUCGAGAUCCGUGUCGAACUCCGUUCCAAUGGAAUAACGGCAAAAACGCCGGUUUCUCUAAUGGAAACAAAACUUGGCUACCAGUUUCUCACUUGUAUCCCUUGGUGAAUGUUAAACGUGAACAUGAAAUCCCAAAUAGCCACCUGAACAUAUAUAAAGAAUUACAGGCCUUGCGGUCGGAAAAAGUUUUAAAUCAUGGAGAUUUCGAAAUAACUGCUGUAAACGAUAAUGUUCUGGCAAUAAAGAGAUCACUCGUCAAUGAAUAUACUUUUAUUGCAUUACUCAACAUAAUGGAUGAUGUAGAAACUAUAAAUUUAAAUGCAAUUUAUGAUAAUUUAUCAAAUUAUUUAGAAUAUAUUUUAGUAUGUGAGAAUUCUAUUCGCAGAAAAGGGGAUACAAUAUUAACUGAUCAAAUACUCUUACUACCAAAAGAGGCGGUUUUGCUGAAAACAACAACUAAAUUAGAGGUCCCUUCUUAUUAUUUUCGCUAUAACAUAUUAUAAAAUACUUUUUAGGAAAAUAAAAUCACUAUAAUGCAAAAAUA